AUGAGGAGGGAAAAGUUUCAAAAAGUCAAGACCAGGAGUCAAGUCAGGGCAACCCAAGCCCUUGCCAAGGAGAGGAGACAGGAACAGUCAGACUUGCCAGAUGUGGACAUUUUAAAUUCAUCAGUUUCCUCAGCAACGCUCAGCCUUUCAGACAAAAACUCAGAGACAGUCAUCGAGACUGCAUCUGAGCCUGCACCAAGCAUGGACAGAUUGUACUCGGAGAUUUUGAUCAGUGAACGAGAGGACGAGACGGAUGAGUAUGAGCCUUCAGCAUAUGACGAUGCAAUGGACAUGGCUCGGAAUGAGGACUCCAUCCUCCAUGAUCUUUCAGCAAUCCUUCCCAGUCACUUCUCCAUUACAAGGGAAAUUGAGCAGACACUGCCCAAGACUCCUCAGCAGGACAUGCUACAGCAUCUGGAAACCCAGAGAAAUACAUGGGAGGAGGAAGAGGCAGAGGAGGAGGAGGAGGUGGGGACAGAGGUAGUGGCAGAGGUUCAGGACAGGGAAGUAAUGCAGGAAAAGGAUUUAGCAGAUCGGGCAAACUGGGUGGCAGAUCCAGACCAGGAGGAGGCAGAAGUGGAGGAUCAGGUGGAGGUGGCAAUGGUGGCAGACCAGGACCAGAUGGAGGAGGAGGAGGAGGACAGGGGUCAGGGCAAGCACCCAGAAGAGGAGGAGCUAUGGUUGACAGUCCCUGUGACAUCCACUGCAGACUAUGCCCUCUUCAAGCAACAGAUCUUUGAGCUCUAUCCAGGGGCAGAAGGUGACCAUCUCUACACCAUUGCUGAUCUCGAGCAGUGCAUUGUGGAGGCUCUCACCUGA